UAUGUAAAUAUGUAAUUAGUUUAUUUUCCUCGUAGAAAUUUACUAUCUUGAUUUGUUCCUUCCCUCUCCUUUCACUCUCCAUCUUUCCCACAAUCCUCUCCCUGCUGGUGGUUUGAGAGAGAAAGAGUGUCUCUGUGUGUGUGAGGAAGCACAGGCGGAGGAGAGAAGAAGAUGGGAACAUCAGUGCAAGUAAAGCCACUAUGUGGAGUGUACAAUGAGAACCCUCUCUCUUACUUAGUCUCCAUUGAUGGCUUCAACUUCCUCAUCGACUGUGGCUGGAACGAUCACUUCGACCCCUCUCUCCUUCAACCCCUCUCCAGGGUAGCAUCAACUGUUGAUGCUGUGUUACUUUCACACUCGGAUACACUUCACCUUGGUGCCCUCCCUUAUGCCAUGAAGCAGCUUGGACUCUCUGCCCCGGUUUAUUCCACCGAGCCAGUCUACAGAUUGGGCCUUCUAACCAUGUAUGACCAGUACCUCUCAAGAAAGCAAGUAUCGGAGUUUGAUCUGUUCACACUGGACGAUAUUGAUUCUGCUUUCCAAAGUGUAACAAGGUUAACAUACUCUCAGAAUCAUCAUCUCUCAGGCAAGGGCGAAGGCAUUGUUAUUGCACCUCAUGUUGCUGGACAUCUUUUGGGAGGUACUGUUUGGAAAAUUACAAAGGAUGGUGAGGACGUUAUAUAUGCUGUUGAUUUUAAUCAUCGGAAAGAAAGGCAUUUGAAUGGAACUGUUCUAGGUUCAUUUGUGCGGCCAGCUGUUCUAAUUACCGAUGCUUACAAUGCUUUGAAUAAUCAGCCUUACAGACGUCAAAAGGACAAAGAAUUUGGAGAUAUCUUAAAGAAGACUUUGAGGGCAGGUGGCAAUGUAUUACUACCUGUUGACACUGCUGGACGAGUGUUGGAACUUAUUCUGAUGGUGGAAUCAUAUUGGGCUGAUGAAAACUUGAACUACCCUAUAUACUUUCUUACGUAUGUUGCAUCCAGCACAAUUGAUUAUGUGAAGAGUUUCCUUGAGUGGAUGAGCGAUUCCAUAGCAAAGUCUUUUGAAAAAACUCGUGAAAAUAUAUUUCUUUUGAAGUAUGUCAGCCUUCUAAUUAACAAGACUGAGCUUGACAAUGCUCCAGAUGGUCCAAAGGUUGUUAUAGCAUCCAUGGCAAGUUUGGAAGCAGGUUUUUCUCAUGAUAUAUUUGUUGAGUGGGCCAAUGAUGUCAAAAAUCUUGUGCUUUUUACUGAAAGAGGCCAGUUUGCCACACUAGCUCGUAUGCUUCAAUCUGAUCCACCUCCAAAAGCUGUCAAAGUUGUUGUGUCCAAGCGGGUUCCUUUGGUUGGGGAUGAGCUAAUUGCCUAUGAAGAAGAGCAAAAUAGAAUUAAAAAAGAAGAAGCUUUAAAAGCCAGUCUGAUGAAAGAGGAAGAAUUGAAAGCAUCUCAUGGAACUGAUAAUAAUACUAGUGACCCAAUGGUCAUUGAUGCUGGCAAUAAUCAUACUUCAGCAGAAGUGGCUGGUCCACGAGGUGGAGGAUACCGGGACAUAUUUAUUGAUGGAUUUGUUCCCCCUUCAACGAGUGUUGCCCCAAUGUUUCCCUGUUAUGAGAAUACGUCAGAGUGGGAUGAUUUUGGUGAAGUCAUAAAUCCAGAUGAUUAUGUAAUUAAGGAUGAAGACAUGGACCAGACAGCAAUGCAUGUAGGAGGUGAAUUAAAUGGAAAACUAGAUGAAGGUGCUGCGAGUUUGAUACUUGAUACAAAGCCAUCAAAAGUCAUAUCUGAUGAAAGAACUGUGCAAGUCAGGUCUUCAUUGGUUUACAUGGACUUUGAAGGCCGUUCAGAUGGAAGAUCCAUUAAAAAUAUUCUCUCCCAUGUGGCUCCCCUGAAGCUGGUUUUGGUGCAUGGGUCAGCUGAAGCUACAGAGCAUCUGAAGCAGCACUGCCUGAAGCAUGUUUGUCCUCACGUUUAUGCUCCUCAAAUUGACGAGACAAUAGAUGUUACCUCUGAUUUAUGUGCUUAUAAGGUUCAACUAUCUGAGAAGCUAAUGAGUAAUGUGCUCUUCAAAAAGCUGGGAGAUUAUGAAAUAGCAUGGGUUGAUGCUGAAGUGGGGAAGACAGAAAAUGUCAUGCUUUCACUGCUUCCUGUUUCUGGAACAACUCCUCCACAUAAAUCUGUUCUUGUUGGUGAUUUGAAAUUGGCAGAUUUCAAGCAGUUCCUCUCCAGCAAGGGUAUUCAGGUGGAAUUUGCCGGGGGGGCUUUACGUUGCGGUGAAUAUGUGACUCUUCGAAAGGUUGGGGAUGCAACUCAGAAGGGUGGUGGUUCUGGUACUCAACAAAUUGUUAUUGAAGGUCCUCUCUGUGAAGAUUACUAUAAAAUUCGUGAAUAUCUCUAUUCACAGUUUUAUUUGCUUUAGAUUUGGUUGGACUAAUUCAUUGGCUAAUCCCUAACUUCUUUCCUUCCCUGCCCUAUUUUAUGCCAUACAUCACAUUCUGGAGCUGUUUUUCCUGAUAAGAUAGAGAACACAAAAUUGCUCCGGUAAAUGUGUGGUUUACAAGGAUUUGAGCCAAAAUAGGUCUGAGUAGUAGUGCUGGAACAGUGGCAGACUGGGUUAAUUUGUGUAGCCAUUUUAACAUAAAGAUUCACAAGGGCAACUUGCUAUUGACAAUAUCGAUGAAGAAAUCCCGCUGUGGCAUUUUUGUUGAUGAGUCUUUGCAUCUUUGAUUUACAUCAACCAUCAUAGCUUCGAGUGGAUGUGACUGCUUUGCUGACAGAUACUUUUCAAGUGUCUUUGCUCUUCAUAUAAUUGUAGAAAAGGAAGUGUAAUUUGUUCCUCGUGUAGGAUUCAUAUUAUUACUUUUUAAAUGUCAUGUUUGUGUCGUUUGUCCUCUAUUUCAUACACUCAUGUUAAAUUAGACAGACAUAAAAUGAAUGUGUGUCUAAUUUGGUUAAUGUCAUCGAACAGAACAAUCUAGUUGAAUUCAAACUGUCCUAUUAAUUUUAGAGUUUAAUUUUGAUGCACUGAAUGCUAAGAUUUACACUAUAAAUAAUUUGUUCAAUGGGCCUUUAGUUUCGCUG